AUGUGGUACGGUCAUUCUGUGUUCCUGAGGCCAGUUCCUGAUUGCGAUGACGAAUACCCUGAUGACGUUGGUGAGCCUUCAGCUGCGUGUACUGAUCCUUCAGCUUCCUCAAGAACACACGAACCACAUAUUGGUGACCAUGGCGAGCAAGAUGCCGUUCUCCCGAAGAAAUCACCAGUGCAUCCGAGGACGGUGCUCGGUCAGGAGAGGCCGUAUAUGUAUGUAUAUUGCGAUGACGAAUACCCCGAUGAUGUUGGUGAGCCUUCAGCUGCGUGUACUGAUCCUUCAGCUUCCUCAAGAACACACGAACCACAUAUUGGUGACCAUGACGAGCAAGAUGCCGUACUCCCGAAGAAGAGAUCACCAGUGCAUCCGAGGACGGUGCACGGUCAGGAGAGGCCGUAUAGUAUGUAUUGUGUGCCUUGCUGGUUGAAACGGACUGCCAAUGUAGUGCGGUCAUGGUGUGUUCCUGAGGCUAGCAACCUUGAGAAGCGGGCCUCGGCAGACGUGCAUCCUGUGCGCGUGGCGGGCGCUGUCCCGGAAGAUGUGUUCUUUGAACACAUCAGACGCAGUCCUGGUUCUCAUUGCGAUGACGAAUACCCCGAUGAGGUUGGUGAGUCUUCAGCUGCGUGUACUGAUCCUUCUGCUUCUUCAAGAGCUCACGAACCACAUAUUCGUGACUUUGGCGAGCAAGAUGCCGUUCUCCUGAAGAAGAGAUCACCAGUGCAUCCGAGGACGGUGCUCGGUCAGGAGAGGCCGUAUAAGUAUGUAUCAGAAAUCAUAGUGGGUGGUUUCGAUCCCCACCCGCCUUCUAUAAAAGAAAGGCCUCAGUGUGCCACGGGCUCUAUUGCUGCUCGGACGUUGACAAGAAAGGUGGUUGGUGUCGACGCCGCAUACUUUCCUGAUUGCGAUGACGAAUACCCUGAUGACGUUGGUGAGCCUUCAGCUGCGUGUACUGAUCCUUCAGCUUCCUCAAGAACACACGAACCACAUAUUGGUGACCAUGGCGAGCAAGAUGCCGUUCUCCCGAAGAAGAGAUCACCAGUGCAUCCGAGGACGGUGCACGGUCAGGAGAGGCCGUAUAAGUAUGUAUAUUGCUAUGACGAAUACCCCGAUGAGGUUGGUGAGUCUUCAGCUGCGUGUACUGAUCCUUCUGCUUCUUCAAGAGCUCACGAACCACAUAUUCGUGACUUUGGCGAGCAAGAUGCCGUUCUCCUGAAGAAGAGAUCACCAGUGCAUCCGAGGACGGUGCUCGGUCAGGAGAGGCCGUAUAAGUAUGUAUCAGAAAUCAUAGUGGGUGGUUUCGAUCCCCACCCGCCUUCUAUAAAAGAAAGGCCUCAGUGUGCCACGGGCUCUAUUGCUGCUCGGACGUUGACAAGAAAGGUGGUUGGUGUCGACGCCGCAUACUUUCCUGAUUGCGAUGACGAAUACCCUGAUGACGUUGGUGAGCCUUCAGCUGCGUGUACUGAUCCUUCAGCUUCCUCAAGAACACACGAACCACAUAUUGGUGACCAUGGCGAGCAAGAUGCCGUUCUCCCGAAGAAAUCACCAGUGCAUCCGAGGACGGUGCUCGGUCAGGAGAGGCCGUAUAUGUAUUGUGUGCCUUGCUGGUUGAAACGGACUGCCAAUGUAGUGCGGUCAUGGUGUGUUCCUGAGGCUAGCAACCUUGAGAAGCGGGCUUCGGCAGACGUGCAUCCUGUGCGCGUGGCGGGCGCUGUCCCGGAAGAUGUGUUCUUUGAACACAUCAGACGCAGUCCUGGUUCACGUUACUAA